GGGGUGUGCACUGAAUAUGGACGACCAGAUGCCAGCAGCACCGGUAUUAUCCAGCAAAAUGUUCAUACAAGCUGGUAGAUUGGAAAAUGAAUUUCAACUGGGUAAUGUUUUAGGUAGGGGCUCGUUUGGCCUGGUUAAUGAGGCCAAAAAUCUAAUUGAUGAAAAAAUGUAUGCCAUCAAACGUAUAAAUAUUGAAGAAUACGAUAUGGAAAUGCCUUUACCGGCACCGGGGGGACACUCGCGCGAGACGGCCUCUCCCUCAAUGUCCAGACACGUAACCCUUGAACAGGACUACGAAAACAAACGUAGCGAAGUGAAAAUCUGGGCCCAACUGGACAGCGACCACUUUGUCCAAUACCGGUCCUCGUGGGUCGAGAGCUACGGUAACGGCAGCGGUGGUCAGGCCAGUCAUCUAAUGUUUCACAUACAGAUGGACUUGUGUUGGUUUACAUUGAAGGCGGCCAUCGAUCAGUAUAAACAGUUUGUCGACUCAUCCAACAAUCAACUAUUGCCACCCCUGGGCUACUAUAUGGCUACCGAGUUGCUGGAGGAGGUGCUCCUGGGUAUCAACUAUUUGCAUAGUCGUCAGCCACCGAUCAUUCAUCGGGAUAUUAAGCCGAAAAAUAUACUGAUCAAAGAGUCGGCGUACGGCCGGUUUGUUAAGAUAGCCGAUUUUGGACUAGCCGUUGCCCAUAGAGAGCACUCCCAGAGUCAUACACAGAAUGUCGGUGCCGACAAAUAUAUGGCACCUGAGGUCAAACGUAGCCGACAUUAUGGGCCGAAAGCCGAUAUGUAUAGUAUUGGCGUAACGAUGCAAGAGUUGUAUAACUUUGAUGUCAACACAUUUAAAAAAAAUACCUAUACAUAUAAAGAUGAUUUUAUGAUGAUAUUCAAAAUGGUUUCCGACUUACUAAACGGUUCCAGUAGUGUACGGCCAUCGUGUCAACAAUUACUGGACAAAAGUACCGAUUGGUUGGUACCGUUUGAUACCGUCACCGGCUAUGUUGAGUCCUCAAUGGAUAUUAACAAACAAUACGAUUACAGUACUGAUGGUAAAUGUGAAAUUAAAAUUAUUACCGAUGGUACAUGUACUAUUAAUAAUCAGCUAGUACAACCUAAAAUUAUUGUUAAACAUUCGACCAAGCUCAAAGAUUAUUAUCCAGUCUAUAAACUCAAUGAGCGAACCAAUAAUAAUCGUAUGCGAAAUAUGCAACCAUUCAGUAUCGGUGAGGACAGGGCUAACCAAUUGGUCGACCAGUUUAUCAAGCAAUUUAAACGACAAUUUAUGGGACAAAUUGAUCCGUUAGUUGUGAAAAGUUUUGGUACAUUUAUGCUCAAAGAUAUGGGUACAAUUAGGAUAUAUGACCUGUCAAUCAAGGGCGUGUCCAAUAUGCACCGGGAGGGCCCGAUUGAAUUGCAUACUAACAGCCAAUUGAAGCUAUGGUCAAUCGGUGUCAAUCUAACCAUCGAUAACUUGACGGCCGAUUUUCUAGUUGAUGGCCAAAUACAGCGCGGUCUACAUAUAACCGGUUGGCAACUACAGGUGCUAAUCAAACGGUGCCAAUUGAUGGCGAUACUUGAGUAUAACCAGUUGACGAAAAUGUUGACCCUGGUCAAUUUAGAUAUGACCAGUUUCCAGGGUUUUGAAUUGAAUACCGAAAAUCUAGCCUGGCCAUUUAGUCAGGUUGUACCGCAAUUGGUUGACCACCAGAUGAACCAUUUGAAUCGUUUGAUUAGUUUCAAUGCGCACCGGUAUCUCAAAGAGACAUUGAAAUCGUUUAAUGUAUCAGAAAUUGUCGAUAAUAUGGAUACCAUCAGUAAUGGCCAAACAUUUUUCAUUGAAAAUUUCCGGUCAAUUUCCGAUAGAUUUUGUACGAAAAAACUGAACGAUAAUAUGAAAACCAUAUUUAAGGAGAAGACUAAUAUUAGACAUGGAUUUAGUAAACGAUUUGUUUGUUUGAUAAGCGCCUGUAUGUCAACUAUUUGUGAUUGA